AUGUCUGCCGGAAUCCAAGCUGGGUCUUCAAAAGGGUCCCAGCAAAUGGAAGUGAAUGCCCGUGGGAUUCCGAGAGCUCCUUUCGUCUCCAACGUGGAGGGGUAUGUAGGAGGUACAGGCGCGGACGUUCAGUCGACCAUCCAAAAGUUUCAAGAGACAUCAUCCAAAUACCGUUACAUGGAUAUCAACCUUCAACAACGUCGUAAAGCUCUGACAUCCAAGAUUCCAGACAUCGAAAACACCUUACGCAUAGUCAAAUUCCUGCAAAACAGGCGGAAAAAGGCUCUCGGAGAACCUUUUGAGGAGGAGGAGGAGAAGGGCGGGAGUUUGGGUGGAGGCGAGGACGAUGACGAUCUAGAUGAUUUGCUGGACGAUGAUGACGAUGAGGACAAUGUUGCGGUCAAGGGCGAGGAAGCACCUCUGAAGACGUUGUUCGAGCUCAACGAUACGCUGUACGCAGAAGCUGAGGUAGAGGAGACGGGGGAAGUUGGCAUUUGGCUAGGAGCCAACACCAUGCUCACUUAUCCAUUACAAGAAGCUAUCGACCUACUGGAAGGCAAGCUUGGGUCUGCGAGAAAGAGUUUAGAGGAAGUCCUGGAAGAUCUCGAGUGGAUUCGGGAGCAAGUUACAGUGAUGGAAGUCAACUUUGCGAGGGUUCAUAACUGGGAUGUCAAGCGGAGAAGAGAGCAAAAAGCACAGUCUGGACUCGUCGAAUCCAGCAAGAAGGAUCGAGAAGAUUCAGAUGAGGACUAAGAUGGCCGUCCUGAUGGUGCAUGAACCUGGAUCAUGUGGGCUAUCCCGAUCGCUCAUCUCAAGCCAACGUCUGUGCGAGAUCCAUGAGCUGUUUUCGAAUGUUGUUUCGGUUCAGGGCGAGCUGGGACUUGAUCUGCUGCUUCGUCAAACCAGUCUGAGGCUACCUUCAGUGUUCGCACAGGAGCUCGAGGACACGAAAGGCGCUCUUUGGACUCACGAUUGCCAUGAGCGCUUCCAGAUCGAUACUCUGCACACCCUUGCUGAUAAUCUCCUUCGCGAUAGCUUGUUUGUUACUCUGAGGCAGUUUGAGUUUUGGCGAGAACGUUGAAGGGGUCUUCGAGCUGUCCUUGGACUCUUUCUUGACCUUUUUCAAAGGUG